GAUUCUGGGGUCCACCCGUCCCAGUAACUUCUAGUUCUUGAUUAAUGCAUGUGGUCGGUAGGGCUUGCGAAUUGGGAUAAUCUUGAAAGGAACCACUAAUUUUCAAUCUUCAUGGAACCGAAUUAUCUCGGGAAAUUUUUGUUCCUUCAAUUGUCUCUCCGGUAUCCUCAAUUGGUAGCAAAUAUUCUCUAUCUACUUGACAGAUUCCCUCAAGUCUCUUCCCCACUUUCUGGAUUCUCUGUUAAUUUGGCAAUGAGUUCUUGAGAUUUUAGCUAUGAACUUGGAAUUUCUUCGUAAUAUUUCCUGGUUUAGGGCUCAAAGAAGCAAUGAUUUGGGUCCAAUUCUUAAACCUUCUAGCGCCAUUGUGGACCAAGGGCAUCAAAAUACUUGCUUUAACAUCAGGAUAUGGGGAUUUUCUCUACUUUCAUUUCUUCCUUGGGAAACUAAUGCUAAUGCCAAUGCCCGGGAGGAUAUCAUUUUAGCAAAAACAACUAUUAAUAGAAACUUGAAAAGGCAACCCAAGCGUGGUAGAGCAAUCGAGAACGGUGUUGGAGAAACGUCAUUACGGUUCAAACCAUAUGUGUGUAAAGUUCCAUGGCAUACGGGUGUAAGGGCUUUUCUUUCUCAGCUGUUUCCACGUUAUGGACAUUACUGUGGUCCAAAUUGGUCUAGUGGGAAAGACAACGGGUCUCUCGUUUGGGAUAAACGACCAAUUGAUUGGCUGGAUUUCUGUUGUUAUUGCCACGAUAUUGGUUAUGAUACUCAUAAUCAAGGAGAGUUGUUAAAGGCUGAUUUGGCAUUUCUUGAGUGCUUAGAAAGGCCUAAUAUGGUCACAAAAGGAGAUGCUCGUGUUGCUACUCUUUACCGAACCAUGUGUAUCACAGGUCUGAAGAAUUUGCUAAUUCCUUAUAGAAGGCAACUUAUUCAUCUUCCGUCUUUCCCUUACCAACCUGCAAUUCAGUUUGGAUGGCUUAGCAAUGUGAAAUGGUUUGGUUGGAACUGGCAAAGAGAUGAGCAAAAGCAUCCCAAAAUUUGAUAGGCAGUACCAUACAAGUUAUUCUCCUCAUCGCUGUAUUUUACCCGAGCAACCAUGUCCUGUAUAUACAUACAUAUUACAAAUCCUAUUGGUUUAUUUUGUAGCACCUAUAUGUACAUUGGUCAGUUUUUAAUUUCUGUUAAUUGCUAGGGCUAACAUGUAUUCUACCAUAGGAAUCCUUGCGUAUGGAGUAUUGGCAAAGGCUUCUGUGAAUCCUUGCUACCUAAACUUAAAUGAAAAUUGAGAAUCAUGGUAUUAUCUUAUUA